AUGCCGCGCGGCAUCUUCAAUCACAACCAGGUCAGGGUCGCUGUCCCCGGCCGGAAGUGGCAGUCGCGCUCCGACGCGCCCGCCGCCUCGUGUGCGGAGCGCAUUCUUCCGCCGGCCGCCACGCCGAAGACAGCCGGAAGUUGCCGAGCGCGCGGGCUGCUGCUGCCCCAUUCGACCCGGGACUUGCAGGCUGCACCGCGAGGCCGGCGCGACGCUGGAAAUAGCCCCGUCGUCCGCCCGACGAUCGCCUCCUCUCCCACGCGGCCCGAAGCGGCCGGCGACCUUGAAAGGGCAGCUGGCGGCCGCGUGGCUCGCAGCUGGCGCAGACGAGCGACUCCCAGAGCUGCGCAGUCGCAGAGUCGCAGAGUCACAGAGUCGCAGAGUCGCAGAGUCGCAGUGUCACAGAGUCGCAGAGUCGCAGAGUCGCAGAGUCGCAGAGUCGCAGAGUCACAGAGUCGCAGAGUCGCAGAGUCGCAGAGUCGCAGAGUCGCAGAGUCGCAGAGUCGCAGUGUCAGAGAGUCACAGAGUCGCAGAGUCGCAGAGUCGCAGAGUCACAGAGUCGCAGAGUCGCAGAGUCGCAGUGUCACAGAGUCGCAGAGUCGCAGAGUCGCAGAGUCGCAGAGUCACAGAGUCACAGAGUCGCAGAGUCACAGAGUCGCAGAGUCGCAGUGUCACAGAGUCACAGAGUCGCAGAGUCGCAGAGUCACAGAGUCGCAGAGUCAUAGAGUCGCAGAGUCGCAGAGUCGCAGUGUCACAGAGUCGCAGAGUCGCAGAGUCGCAGAGUCGCAGAGUCGCAGUGUCGCAGAGUCGCAGAGUCGCAGAGUCACAGAGUCACAGAGUCGCAGAGUCGCAGAGUCGCAGAGUCGCAGAGUCGCAGAGUCGCAGUGUCACAGAGUCGCAGAGUCGCAGAGUCACAGAGUCGCAGAGCCACAGAGUUGCAGAGUCGCAGUGUCGCAGAGUCGCGGAGUCGCAGAGUCGCAGAAGUCGCGGAGUCGCGGAGUCGCGGAGUCGCAGAGUCGCAGAGUCGCAGAGUCGCAGAGUCGCAGAGCUGCUCUGAAGGUCGCCUGA